AUGCUGUCCCGCAAGCUCCUGGCUCUGCUGGGGCUCCUUGUGCUCUGCAAAGGCCAGCAGGAAAGUGAAACAGGCGAAUCUUGUGAUAACUUCACUGACCUCGACCUGACCCACUGCUUCGUGGGAACCAGCCUGUAUGUGCGACUCCUGCUCUACACUCGCUCCAACCUCGACUGUGGCCGCGAAUUGAACCACCACCACCUGUCCUCACAGCCGCUCUUCAGCCUCUCCCGUCCCACCGCUUUUGUCAUCCAUGGCUACCGGCCCACCGGCGCGCCCCCUAUCUGGAUCAACCACAUAGUCCACCUGCUAGCUGAGCAGGAGGACAUGAACAUCAUCGUGGUGGACUGGAACAAAGGGGCGGCCAACCUCAACUACUUCACUGCUGUGACUUACACCAGAGAGGCCGCUCUCAACCUGACGGGCUUCAUCAUGAUGAUGGAGGCUGAAGGAGCCUCUCUGAGCUCAGUUCACCUGAUCGGUGUCAGUCUGGGAGCUCACCUGGCUGGUUUUGUGGGAGCAAACCUGAAGGGGAAGAUUGGCCGUAUCACAGGUCUGGACCCUGCUGGACCGAUGUUCACCAGGGCCACGCCGGAGGAGAGGCUGGACCCCUCGGACGCCAUGUUUGUGGACGUCCUUCACACUGACAUGAACUCCUUUGGACUGAGAGGAGCUCAUGGUCAUAUUGACUUCUACGCCAACGGAGGCGCCGACCAGCCGGGGUGUCCCAAAACCAUCUUUUCAGGUAAAUCUUACUUUGUGUGUGACCAUCAGCGCUCCGUCUUCCUGUUCCUGUGCGCUCUGAACCGAACCUGCACCCUCACCGGUUACCCCUGCUCGUCCUACAGCGACUUCCUGGACGCCCGCUGUCUGCAGUGCGAGACCUUUAAACCGGCCUCCUGCCCCGUACUCGGUUAUGACGUCAGCCCAUGGAGGGAGACUCUGCAGCAGCUCGGACAGACCAAAGUCUUCUUCAGCACCACCGGCGCGCUGCCCUACAAGAAGCUGAUGUACAGAGUGGACAUGGUGACAUGGAACCAGUACCUGCGUUGGGGGGUCGUCUACAUCCGGCUGCACAGCGGCAGGAACGUCACAGAGGCCCGAAUAGACCAUAAGCUGCUCCGGUUUGAGCAGUACACCUCCACGCGGCUGCUGGCCCAGUUCGAUGAGGACCUGCAGCACAUCCAGAAGAUCUCCCUGCGAAUCAACACCGGCAACGUCAUCGGCCCUCGCUACAAAAUCCGGCUGCUGCGAAUCCGCUUCACGCCACUGGAGCUUCCUGAGAGGCCUUUGAUGUGCCGCUUCGACAUCAUCAUGGAGGAGAACAUAGAGGUGGCGUUUCGGCCUCUGCCCUGCGGCUCCCGCCUCUGACUUUAACACAGCCUAAUUCCCUCUUUGGAAACCCAUCCGACUCACCUGUAAUCCUAUUAGAGGACCCUCGGGCGUCCUCUGGGUGCUACAGGCUCUCCCAUC